AUGACAAGAAUGGAGGAUAUGGAGAAAUAUGCCCGAAGCAUGACUAAGCAAGCCAUGGAGACCCGGGACGACAAUUUUGUCAUGGCAGACCGGAUCGUGCAGGCAAUGGGCAAAGAGUAUCAAGGGGUGUGGAACUGCCUGGUCGUCGUUGGCGAUGGCACCGAUAAUUGUUUCUUCUCGAUGGAAGGGACUCCAACCCUUAAGUAUCAAGUCGAAGAUAAAUGCUUUUCUCUUUGGAAGAGCUGCGAUGAUGCGACACAGAGGCAUGGCUGGAUGAUGCAAGAAGUCAAGUUUUGCAAUGGAGUAGACAAAUGCACAAAGAAUUGUGUUGAUGUCAUCUCUGGCGAGCAAACAAGGAACUGGAAAGAAACUGAAAGCCAUCUCUUGUUGCAGCUUGUGGAGAACGGGCUUAACACAACAGAGCAGGCCAGGGAGAUGAAAGCGAAGCUGACCUACAGGGAAAAGAUGCAGGGGGCUUUCGACAGCAUCAGCAUUUCUCAGAGAGAUCUGCAAGAAAUCCUUACAAAGCUAGAAAAUAUUCUGAGAGAAAUGCAGUUGGUUGACAUCCUUCACAUCCUAGACAAGGUAUAG